UAGUUUUGACCGAACUCGGUUCUAACAGAGUGGAUCAACAUGAGAAUCUCAAACCCUUGUUUCUUCUCCUCCUCUGUCAUGUAUUCGGAGAAAGAGGACAUGUUCCGCAUUGUCGGAUCUGGAGGCCACCUUAUCGGAUCAUGGGAUCUCCGCAAACACAAGUACACACCAACGAUUCAGAGACUUCAAUUUCAAAACCUUCCGGAGCUGAGCAAGGCCAAACGGGAGCUUCUGCAUUCGUGUCACACAAGCGAGCACUUGGUGGAGUCAAGAACCACCGGUGAAACUUUCAUGCUUAAAUGGUACAAAAGGACGGCCAAGACCAUCUACCGUACAGAGAGAAUGGAAACAGAAGCUUUAAUGGUCUUCAAGAUAGACGACGAAGGUGGUAACGCUGUUUACACUCAAGAUAUUGGUGAUCUCUGCAUUUUCCUCACAAGGUCUGAAUCUUUCUGUGUCCCUGCUUGCUCUGUUCGUCGCAUGCGUCGUAACCGAGUCAAAAUUAUGGAUGUCGACGAAAUCACUGUUGUCGAUCUGGCUGCUCAAAGUUGGAAAUGAUAAGAAUAGUACUUUGGAGUCCAAAGCCUUGUCUUUUCUCUUGAAACAUUUUACCUAUCAAAUCUAUUUAUCAUAGCUAUU